AUGUCCGACUCAACCCUCUACCUCUACACUUCCCUGACCGCGGGGUCGUCGCACAUUAUCACAGCGACCUCCAGAAUUGAGACAAUCCUCAAAGCGAACAAAAUCCCCUUCCGCGCCAUUGAUGUCGCCACCGACGACGCUGCCCGCAAGCUCUGGGGCCGACGCUCCAAGGGCAAGAAGAUUCCAGGAUUGGUGAAAUACGGCGAUAUUGUGGGAGAUCUUGAAGAGAUCGAAGAAUGGAACGAAUUCGGAGAAUUGCGUAUGGUAGUAAACAGCGUCCAGGACCUAGGUGGAAUGCCACCCACCAGCUAUCCUCUCCCGGCGACCGAGCCCAAAGCCGAGUCGACACCAACUACCCUCAAACCCUCCACGAUCAAGAUCCAAAACCCUCCCGUUACCAAGCAUGAAGACAAGAAAGACGAUAUGACCGUGCUGGCCCUGCGCCAAGCUAGCUCGGAGGCUGCCGCCAAGGCGAAGACCAAGUCAGACGAUAAGAAAGACGCGAAAGCACAAGCUACAGGGGUACCUGUCGCCAGUCGCGCGCACCGCGGCUCGGUGGCCCCCGAAUUGCCCGACACCGCGCCGGAAUCAUCACAGGCCACGAGACGUCCGACCCUAGUCCCCGAACAAGCGGCCGUAUCCUCGGCAAACUUCCACGCAGAUAACGCAGAGAUGCUCGGAUUGGUUGGACACCAUCGCUCGUCCAGGAUUCCAACACUCGACAACGCGGAGCAAGACAAGACGGUGCAUGAUAUUAGGCAGUCCAUCUCUGCAGAGCCGACGGGCAAUAUUGAUGCUCUGCGCAAAGAGGCUGCGGAAAAGGCGGGGAAAUCGAAGUCCCCAUCGAUUAAGGAGGUGCCAGUUGUUGAUGAUGUGGCCGUCGAGAAUAAGGAAGAGCUCAUGGAACCCAAUGAGCCUAAGGGCAAUGCUAUUGCUGAAAUGCUUGCGACGCCUAUGCCGCAAGAAAUCAAGUCGGAGUCUAAGGAUGAUACCAAGGGAGGGCUGUCUCCCACACAGAAGUCGGAGUAG